AUGACACAUAUUUGGGCUGAUGAGGUACUGCCCCACUGGGACCAAUCAUCUGACUGCAGACUGAAUGGACACGCUGGACCACAACUGAAAAGCAUAAAGGCAUUGGUGACAGGAGGUGGAGGCUACUUUGGAUACAACCUGGGGUGUGCUCUCACCAAAUUAGGAAUCACUGUUGUUCUUUUUGAUAUACAAAAGCCUAAAUGGGAAGUUCCUAAUGGAGCCAUGUAUUUCCAGCAGUAUAUUGUUCACAUAAAGCUAGACAGGAAAGAAAAGAUUGAAUCCAUAAACGUCAAUGGAACAGAAGUAGUCAUUGAUGUUUGCAAACAAAGAAAUAUCCCAAGGCUGAUAUAUACUAGUACGGUGAACGUGGUGUUUGGAGGGAAUCCCAUUGAAGAAGGAGAUGAGGAAACUGUACCAUAUUUUCCACUAGAAAAGCAGGUUAAUCCUUAUUCUAGAACCAAAGCAAUGGCAGACCAAAUGAUCCUUGCAGCUAAUGGAACCCCACUAAAAGGAGGCAAUGAGCUCCAUACAUGUGUUCUUCGCCCACCAGGCAUCUAUGGACCAGAAGAGCAAACACUUCUGCCACGACUAUUAAAGAAUAUUGAAAGGGGGCUAAGUAAAUUCAAAUUUGGAGAUUCCACAACUCAGAUGAACUUGGUUCAUAUAGCAAAUCUUGUACAAGCUCAUCUCUUAGCUGCUGAAGCUCUCACCCCCGAGAAGGGUUAUAUAGCGAGUGGUCAGGCGUAUUACAUACAUGACGGCGAGAAAGUCGCCUUUUCCGAAUGGAUAAUUCCGUUAUUUGAAAAAUUAGGUUACAGUGAGCCAUGGAUACGUAUUCCUGCUUUCCUCAUUUAUAUAGCAGCCACAGUGACGGAAUGCCUGCACCUGGCAUUGAAACCAGUUUUUAGCUUUACACCUUUCCUGACCAGAAAUGAGGUGUGGAGCGUCACUGUAACUCACACAUUCCGAAUAGACAAGGCACGUAAACAGCUAGGCUACCGCCCAAAAAAAUUUGCAUUUGCUGAUUCUGUGGAUCAUUAUCUUCAAAGUAGACCUAAGUGCCAGGACCAUCAUAAGUUCCUUAAAAUCUGCCUUGUCCUUGGCACCUGUUUAUGUUUGAUCUUCCUUGUUUUACUUUCUUAAGCAUACACUUUUACGUAGUUAUUUCAAGGAAAGCCACCAUUAAUUUGUUUGAGUAUAAAUACGCUAAUUUUAAUCAGUCACAGUGUAUUCCUCAGUCCACAUGAACUUAACUUACUCAAAGAAUAAUGAUUUGCUGUGAUGUAUUUUAAGCUGUUUUUGCUAUUUAAGAACAAUUAGUGAUAGGCCAUUUUUUUUAUUUAAGGUUGUAGCUACUACAUUUUUUAAAUAUAAUAAAGUUGCAAGGCCACAAGAGACCACCAUUGACAAAUGCAGGAACUAGAGUUGCUGUUUCUAUUUGCUUGAUCUCAAAAGAACUUCUUCUGAAAAUGCAACAUAGUUCUGUGGCACCUUAUAGACUAACAGACGCAUGCAUCUGACGAAGUGGGUAUUCACCCUCGAAAGCUUAUGCUCCAAUACAUCUGUUAGUCUAUAAGGUGCCACAGGACUCUUUGUUGCUUUUUAAAGAUCCAGACUAACACAACUACCCCUCUGAUACUUCUGAAAAUGGUUGCUCAAGUACAGAAGAAACUGGAGGAGGAGCAGCUAUAGUAUGUCUGCAGUGCUUUAUAAACAAAAGCAAGUAGCUAUAAUAAGAAAAGUAAUGACUAGAUAACCCUUCUGACAGACCAACGGCCACAGCCACUGCAUAUUACUGUGGGGAAUACUGAGGAACCAGGAUAUAGAACAAAGAAAAAUUAAUUCAUAUACUUUACAGGCAGUGAUUGCCCAGAAAAAAUUACACAUACUGUAAUUUCUUCUCUGAAGUAGCUGUAUUCUGAAACUG